AUGUCGGUAACAACAACCACCAACCCAAUCCAUUACAAUCUUGAGGCGGUCCUUGCAGACUACGACCUCCACCACACCGAAGAACUCGAUACAAGCCUCAACGCACAUCCCGCCCCGCCAACUUCAUCCACAACAUCACAAUCGCAACAGAACCCAAGCGACUGGCCAACAGAGCAUCGCCGUGUGCCUGCAUACCGGCCAAUCAAUACUGAGCUCGACCAGAGCGAGCGAAGAGUCUAUCUUAAUGGCGUCGAACAAGCAUUUGUUGGUGUAAUGUUUACAGGUGUAUUCUUGGAAUCGACAAUCUCCAAAGUAUGGCGUAAUACUCUGGGAAGAGUAUGGAAUGUUGGGUACAAGCUUGGUGGAGAGUGGUAG